AUGGUAAGUGAUUGAUUCUUUUGCUUCUUCUGUGUUUAGAUUGCUUGGGUACACGUUGUUUUUGUUGUGGUAAAAUGUAUUGUGAAGUUUGUUUGCUUAAGAAAUAGCGGAUUUACUAACUUUUUGGUAUUUUAUUGUUAAUUUUCACGGGUAACAUUAAGUUUAUGAUAGAUAAUAUCAAAAAAUCUUUGUUGCAAUCCUACAUAUGUUUGUUAGGGAUGAAAAAUAAAUAAAUAUUUUUGACAAAGAAAAAAAUAGCGAUGUAGAAAAUGCAACGCUAACACUAAAAUAUAUUUUUUGUUUUUACUUAAAUUUAUUGGUUGUAAUCUUAGUUUAGUUAUUAUUGCAGUUUCAAGAAAAACUAUAAUAUCUAAUUACUUUUGUUUCAGACGACCACAAGAAGACACAGUUUAAACACUGUCAGAGGAGAUGUUGCCUCUUUGCAAAGCAGGCUAUCUGCAGUUGAAAGCAGUAUAAUAAAGAUGGCUGACGCUGUGACAGAUUUAACGAGGGAACUAAAACGGACGAAUGAUGAAAUAAGGUUGAUGAGGAUGGAAAUAAGUUUGAUGAGGAUGGAACUAAGAAGGAUGAACGACGAUGUAAGCAUUUUUAAGUUUAUGCGGUGGGGUUUAAUGGCUGGUAUAGUACAAUGGAAAAGAUUAAUAGUUGCACGUAAAGAAUAUAAUAGACAUUUUUAAAAGGCGAGUCAGAGUCAAUUGCAAUUUCGACGUGGCAUCAACACUGUUUAAAAAUUUUUGCUUUUUAUAGUGAACAUUUUAGACAUUGUGUAUUAAGAAAGUAACUAGUUUUUUUGCAAUUUCAUUAUUAAUUAAUAUUGAAAUUAGUUUAGCAAUACUCAGUUGAAAACGGCCCUAGUUAAAGAAUUAGAUUUUCUGAGUUAAAAAAAGUUAGGUUUAGAUAUAAACUUCUAUUUUUAUAGGCUUCAUAUAGAAAACGUUUUAUAUAGUUAACACAAAAUGUCGCUGAGUUGCAUAGUUCCUGUAUGACCUGAAAAUUUUUUAUAAAAAAUUUUAUCAUAGAUAAAUCUACGGAUACGUAUAUCUGUUAGUUGUAUUAUCAGUGCAAUCGUUGUAUUGUUCAUUUGCUGGAAUUCGUGGAUCUAAAAGUCGUUAUCAUUAAUGAAGUUGGUUUUGCUUUACUUUCUAGUAAACAUUUAACAAAAAUGGCUACUUUUUUACAAAAAAUGGAAGUUGAAUUGCACUAAUUACUACAUUUAUAAUUAGUAUGGUUGAUUUAUCAAAUAUAAAUGUUUACUUAUUGGAGCUGUAACGGAACGCUGAAUGCGAGCUAAUGUUAGGUGAUUCGUCAAGAUACAACAACAACAUGUUUGAUACCUUGUUUUGGCGCAGGUAAUUAUGACUUACUUGAAAAAACUUCAAUUCCUCCUUCUAGAGAGUAUACCAAUUAUACUCCUAUUCCUCAUUAUUUUGACCCACACUCGUACCCAUUGCAUACCCAAACCCCCUACCUACCCGUACCAUGCCAAUAUCCACACCCAUACCGUGAUCCAUGCCCAUAUUCGUACCCAUACCCAUUCCAAUAUUUAUACCUAUGCUGAUAUACACACCCCUACCCAUGCCCAUAUUUAUACCCUGUCCCAUGCCCCUACCCAUAUUUAUACCUGACCCUACUUAUGUUUAUACUCUACUUUUAUACUUAUAUAUUUAUACAAUACCCUUGGCCGAUUCGGUCAUUUUCAGUAGGGGGGAUGAAUAUCGUGAUAAGAUGGAAAAACAGUCGAUUGACUAGCUAGCUAACCUAUAGCUGUAUUUUGAUAUUUUUUCGGGUUUAGGUUGGGUACUUAUAAAUUCUGUCUUAUUAUGACGAUAUCCUCUGUUGUGAUGUUGUUGCUGCAUAAAUGGCAAUUGGUUUUUACUUGAUCUUUACGUGGAUAGUCGUGAAUUAAUUUUUUAUUUAUUUAAUUUCGUGACUAAAAUGUAUUGCGUGUAUUAUUUCGUGUUAUUUACAAUUAAUCGAAAUGUUUUAGAUGUCAUCAGGUCGACGUCACAGCUACCAACAGAGCUUGGGAGAACAUGCAGCAACCCAGAGGUUAAUAAGGGAAAUGGCAAAUGAAAUGAUCGAACGGAAUGAGCAAAAUCGGAGGGAAGAAAAUAAGAAGAUUCUCGAUGCCUUAACAAGCCUUAACAAGACAGUGGAACAGUCAGUAAGGAUUUAA